CCUGACGAAGCCACAUAUAAUGAACUGUAGGGCAAACUUCAGUAUUGAUGGUAAAGUAAACAAACUAAAUAUCAGUACCCUCUGACUUAAACUUCAACCGCAACUUCCAUUUAUUAAACGCUGAAGAUGUAUCAAUUUUUAUAAAGAUGUUGUUUAACAAGAGGAUACAGAUACUUUUAUCAACAGUUCUAAUUGUGGGUUUUGUAAUAUGGGUAUUUCAAAGCGUAAUGAUUGACAAAGAAUGGCGCCUAUACAUGCCUGAACUCAGGCAACUUGGCGAAAAUAAAGAGAAAAGUGAAGAGGUUGUUGUUAUCACUCCUUUAAACCACAAGGAAGAGACAAGAAACGAAAUGAUGAAAAAUUAUUGGACUUCUUUCCAUACUACUUUAGCCAAUUAUCCAAGCUUGCCUACACUAUAUGAAAGAAAUAUAUUGUUUCAUUAUAUUGUUUCAUCUGCUUCCUUGUUCCCUUGCGGUGAAUGCUCAGUUGUCUCGCAAAAAUUAAUCCGAAAGUACCCUCCUCAAACUGGUUCUUCUAAAGCAGCAACAGCUUGGGGAUGUAAACUGCACGGAAAAUUCAACGAAGAGUUUAACCUGACGGUGCCAACUUGUGAUGAUAUUGCAACUACAUACGUCGUAGGAUCCCAGGAAAUCAAGCAAGCCGAAAAUCAGAACGAUGAUGAACGAUCAAUAGCGUAUAGCAUACAGGAACAAGAACCAGACAGGUCCGGAUAAUUUCGAUUCAUUUUUUUGGUACAAAUAUGUUACGUCUUUUUACUUCUAUCAAUGAGAAUGACUAGGUUGCCAGUUAUGCAGCAACUUAUCAUCUUCCCAUAACUUUCUUCUUAAUUCACAUAUUUCUAAUAAAACAUUCAUCUAAUAUAACAUCCAUUAAAGAAGCUUUAUUGUUUAAGAGCAGUAUGCCGCAUACUGCUUACACGGUCAGCCAAGUUUACCGCAUCACCAGAAUAUACCUCUCUCUUCAUUUCUCGAAGAAAUUCUCCUUGGUUAUUCCAUUUUCUAGCAGUCUUAGAUCGUUCCUCUUCAUUUUUGGCAGAUUCAACUAACUCCUCUUGUUCUAAUUUAUGAAGUUUUUCGACCCUAUUCUUUUCUAAUUUUUGCGCAUUGUCUUGCAUUUCUUUUAAUCGACGCUCACGGGCAUCUUCUUUUGAGGAUCCAUCAACAAAAGCACGUGGUCUAUGAAAACUCCGUCGUUGAGGGGAAGGUGACCUUGAAGAAAAUUGUCUUCGGCUGUAUCUUUCAUUAUCGUAUUUCCGUUUGUCUUGGUAAAACCGUCUUUUUUCAUAAUCUCGAUCGUCGACAUACCUUUUAUCGCGAUAAUGUCGGUCUCCAUAUGCUGUUGGCGAAUAUUCGUCUCUCCUCGUAACAUCUCUAGCAUAGCUGCGUCUUCGAGAUUCACUAUGGCGGCCAUGUCUAUCAUAACUUCUUUCUUGUGAGUUUAAAUGCCGACUACGACGCUCCGACUCUUUUUUCCUUCUUUCUUCUUCUUCUAGCUUCCUCUUCCUCUUUUCUGCUAGUAGUUGCAUUUGCUUUUGCUCCUGCUGCUUUAUAGCCAAAAGGGGGUCCAACCGGACUUUGGCUUGGGUAUCUUGAACAGAAUUGGCAUUUUGCAAAGAAAUAAAUUCGGUCUUAUUAAGGGAAUUCUUUUGAUCCUCCACUUUGUCACUUAAAAGGUCGUCUAACCGCCGUUUACCAAGCAAAAAUUCUUCCAUUUCCGAGGAGUCUCGUUUAGGUCCUUCGGCUGUAGGAACUGCAUACAUCCAUUCCACAUGGUCUUUCCUCUUUUUUCCUCCAGCUGCUUCUUGUAACCUCUGAAGUUCCAAAAGCUGUCGUUCCUCUUCAAUUUCUCUUCGUAAUUGCUCGACCCUUUUUAAUUCUUCCUUGUGAGUCUGUUCUUCUUUCCACACCCUCUCUUGAUUUCUCAUUAAAAGAGGGUGCCUAAAACAGUUAGUAAUUAUUCAUUCUCGACAACAUUUAUGGUCACACGUACCAACUCUUUUUCAUAUUCAAAUCACCGCCUCCCAUUUUGCAAUUGUUCUAAUAGCUUGCUUUCCCUCUAAGUAAAAUGCGAUUAAAAAAGUAAAAAACGUUUAAAAGUACAAAUUGUUAACAGUAG